AUGUCUCGAAGCUCAAUGUCAGAGCUUUGUCAGCAGAGACUACUCCGCAAUAAAGCUACAGUUAGAAAUUGUUCCUUGUAUGUUGGUUUAGAUCACAACAAUGAAAACGAAAAUUCAUGGCAAGUAGUAGAAGUAGAGAAGAAUAAGAAAGAAGAUUACAAAAAUAUCGAACGUGUUUUCAACGAGAACAGGAUUUAG